AACUUCUGGCAAUUACCGAAGUUAAAUUAGCUUUCCGCUGUUGGCGCCUCUGCCAUCCGCCAUAUUGUUUGAAUCGUCAAACAACUGGAUUGGACGAAGAUAUGUAAAAGUGAUUGGUCAUUAGAAGCGCCCAAUUCUUAAAUAAUCGCAGCAAUGUCCGUGUAUUACUUAAACACCGCCGAGACAACUGACGAAAAAACCGAACCCCAAUGUGUGGAAGACCAGUGCCAGACCCAGAGCGAGGCCCAGAACGUCCUCAACCAAUUCUGGCCCAAAGCAAUGGAAGACAUCCGCGCCAUACGCAACAUGGACCUGAAGCAGCAAGUGCUACCACUCGCCCGAAUAAAAAAAAUCAUGAAACUGGACGAAGACGUGAAGAUGAUCUCAGCCGAAGCCCCCUUGCUAUUUGCCAAAGCGGCUGAGAUUUUCAUCCAAGAACUGACCCUAAGGGCUUGGAUACACACCGAAGAUAACAAAAGACGCACGUUGCAACGCAACGAUAUCGCGAUGGCAAUUUCCAAAUACGACCAGUUCGAUUUUUUGAUCGAUAUAGUGCCCAGAGACGAUAUGAAACCAGCGAAGCCCCGUGAAGACGCCACCAGGACGUCGAAUUCGGACCAAGUGUAUUAUUUCCAGCUCGCGCAACAACACCACGCCAACUUGCAGCAAAACACAGGCGCGGGGACGGCGACCGCCGCCACCGCCCCCACGACCGUCACCCAAGCACAGGGCGCCAUCCAGAUCGUGCAGCCCCAACAAGUGCAAACCGUGCAAGUCAAUGCACUUGAUCAGAACGCGGCCAGUUCAUCGCCUCCUAACACCUCAGCCCAAACUCCGGUCUUAAUACAAGCGGGACAAGCAAUUGCACAAAACCAGCCCGGAAAUGUGCAAAUUGUGCAACAAAUCGUUACACCAAGUGGGGAAAUACAGCAAAUACCGAUAAAUCUGACGCCGCAACAGUUGCAAAUGAUUAAGAUGCAACUUCAGGGCAAUACGUCGCAACCUGUCAUUAUCCAGACGGCGCCGAUUGCGACGUCACAGCCACACUUGAUUCAAGUGGCACAGCAGGGUUCAGGUCCGCAGCAAGUGUUUCUCACGCAGAGUAAUGGUAACACAGAGAGUGAAUAAUUGUAAGGUGUUUUUAUUAAAAAUUGAAAACCGA